AUGACCCAUCUCAAGCUCUGCGAGCCAUCAGUGAAGUCAGAAGGAUUCAACUUGAAAACUAUCUUGGCCUGCCUUAUUCUUGUCAUUAGCAUGACACUGUCCAGUGCUGAUUGCUUCCUUCAGCCGUUGAAGUCAGAGACGUCUGAUGGUGAGAUUGUAGGCUGCCAUGACUUGAAUGGAGAGUUGCAUGAAUUUGGUUCCAGCUGGAGUAAUGAAGACUGCUAUGAUUGCUCCUGUUCUGAGCACGGAAUAAGCUGCUGCUCCAGCUUCAUGACACCAGUUGACUAUGAUGAAGAGAAAUGUGUAAGCAUUUUCAACAAGGAGACCUGCACUUACAAAGUAGUGGAGAAAGAUGAUGCCUCAAAACAAUGCCCAGUUCAUGGAUGGGUGGGCUAA